AUGGCUUCGUCUGUUGGGUAUUGUUUGCUUGUCUUUUCAACGCUUCUUAGUUCGCUUGCUGAAAAAGUCAUUUUUAUUACUGGAGCCAGCCGCGGCAUAGGAAGGAGCAUUGCUCUGCGUGCUGCCGCUGACGGGGCUAAGCUUAUAUUAGCGGCGAAAACUAUCGAACCACAUCCAAAGUUGCCAGGCACGUUACGUGAGGUUGCGCAAGAAGGUUUGACCUCUCUUCAUUUAUUAUUCCAUGAAGUUGUCCAAUUGGGAGGUGAGGCCCUGCCCUGUGCCGUUGACGUGCGCAAUGAGGAGCAGGUACAGGAGGCGAUUUCGAACGCAGUGAAGCGCUUCGGUGGAAUCGACAUCCUGGUUAACAAUGCUUCAGCAAUUGCUCUUACUAAUACGACGGAUACUCCAAUGAAAUCUUAUGAUUUGAUGAUGGACAUAAAUGUCCGUGGUACAUACCUUUGGUACGUCCAACUGCAUCUAAGACCCACUAUCUGGCUGUCUGGCCAAUACCCCAAAGCAAAAGCUGUAACAUUUCUUAUUAUUAACCACCUUGGUUGAUCAUAGCUUUCAAACUUAGUAAGUUUGCGCAUGCAUAUUCUUAGUCUGCACCACUAAUGUAUAUUUCCAGAUGGAAAUGUUAUCCAUGGUGUUUUAUUGUUUAAUUACGGUAAGCCCGAUGUGCGGUAAUUAGAGCACAUGUCGACAUGAUUAGAUGAGGAAAAAGCGUUAUUAUAUUCGACAGCUGGAUGCUGUACGCGGCGGAAAGUAGUUUUCACAGACUUCUUCCAUCAUUUGUGGUCUACCAAACCCUACGGAAUAAGUACCCUGAUUCAACUCAAUUACACAAUCUUAAGUGCAAGUGUGAAGCCGAAAUUUUCUACCCAGACCGACCCUAGCAUACUUUCGUAAGCAAAUCUGCGACGUACUCAGUGGAGACCAUUAAGUUUACACAUGUUUGUUAGAAUAUGCGCCAUGGGUGGCAGCUGGCAUUAGCAGCAGGGAAGUUCGGAGAGUUGGGGACAGUGUAACUUCGUAUGACGCUGAAGGAAGACCACGUUCCGCCAUCAAUGAAACGGUACGUCGUCGUACAAACCUUUGGAUUCCCCUCGGGCACAUCGCACGCGACCCCUUCAAUUUGUCCUUUUCUCUCAUCUCCGAAGCAAGUUUUCGGAUGGGAAUCCGGUAACAUCCGGAGUUACUGCAUUCGUCCCUUUAAUCUGUUAAGAGGGUUUAUCGAGAACGACUUACUUACAUGGGUGUCAACCGCAGUAACUGAAGGCGAUUUAGGUGUCACUAGCUAAAUCGAACGAAGUUCAUAGAUCGCAUCUCAAUGCGCAAUGAUUUAAUCGUAGUUUUCCCCAGACAGUGACGUUGAUAUCCAAAAUAGUUAUGGACCUACGAUUUGAGACGAAUUAACUACUGUUGCUUUGAAAAACAUAUUGGUAUUGGCAAAAAUGUACUCGUUUAUCUCCAUGUUGUCUUUAAUCCGUCCAGCAAUCAACUAGUAUCGGCGAAUUCCAUUCUGGUUUGACUAGAAGUAUUCUUAGUCACGGCCUACAGGACCUGUACCCGUGUCAAUAUUCUGUUCGAUUGGCAUUCGAAUUCGGAGACGUAUUUUUUGCCCUCCCGGCGUGGGGUCAGGUCACGACCGGCUGAUGCCUUCUUGAUGACGUUUCCUCGUCUUCAUAUGACCUAUGCCCGAUUUACGCUAGUGUUCAUAUCUGUUCGAAACAACACUCCAUCUUAACGAUUUCGCCAUCUGCCCAUCAAAUAGCAGACUUGGGACGAUUGUUAAUGUCACUUUUAGAAAAAUUCUUUCUUAACUUUUGCCUUCAUUUCCUUCCUCCAGUUCCAAAUUGGCCAUUCCAUAUUUAAUCAAGGGAAGGAAUCCGCACAUACUGAAUCUCUCUCCGCCGUUGAACAUGAAUCCGAAGUGGUUCUCGAGUCACGUGGCCUACACGAUGUCUAAGUACGGAAUGUCUAUGUGUGUGCUGGGGAUGCAUAGGGAACUGCGGAAACACAACAUCGCAGUUAAUGCUCUCUGGCCACGAACAGCCAUUUACACGGCGGCGACUCGUAUGCUCUUCUCGGACGGGUUUGCUGUUAGAUGUCGUAAGCCAGAAAUCAUGGCAGACGCCGCUCAUGCUAUUCUCACCCUCCCCUCCAGCAGCGAUGCUAACACAGGCAACUUCUUCAUCGACGAGGACCUUCUGCGAAGCAGAGGUGUCACGGAUUUCGAGAACUACAGCGUUCAGAAGGGUACUUCCGUUCUUAUCUUUUUAAUAUCUCCUCUACGGUAUCUAAUAAGUUACCGCGCAUAUGCCCACAUAGUGUUACUCGACAAUCCGUCAAAGGCGUGUUUGUAAUCCAACUUUCUGUUGUUAGGGAAGUAGAAACCGUCUGGAUCAGCCUAUUGAAUUUUGUCUUAGGUUGUCAUGAUGACAGAGUUAAUCCCAAAAAUUAUAGCAAAGAGCCCACCAAAUUUAUUACUCUUAAUAGUCCAAUCAAGACAGCAUUAAAACUGGAUUAAUCCGGAGGGCGAAAUUAGCACUGGAGGCUGUUUAGGAUAAGAUCCUUUUUGCUCAGCUCAAAUGUGGUGCUCUGCCUUGUUGUUAGCGAGUAAUAGCCAUAGUUAAGUCAAAACUCGAUGGCGAUGCCGUCCGGUCACUCAUGAGAAGAAAUGCAGGCUCGUGAAAGUCACCAGUCUCCAUUUCGUGAUCGUGACCGACAGCCCGGCAUCCUUCUCGACUUUCCUCUCUAAGCCCUUUGUUUAGCCCUUUACUCGAAAUUUGAUUUUCCUCCUUACCAAACCCAUUUCUCCUACGACAGAAAGCUAACACUGUGCGUUAGAGGACGGGUCUUUUGAAAUUUUGUGUAAUAUAUUUAUGCACUUUCUGGUUUCUGAACGGUUAAUAUUUUCACCCAACUGCUGAACUAUUUAAAUUUUCAUUGCACUCGGUGGUAUUCAAACCCAAGACAGCAAGGACAAGGCUUGAGUAAGGCCAUCGCUACAAAAACCACCGAUCUGUAAUCGUGAGCUUGAGAUCAUUUGGGUCAAUUUAUUCACCCGGCCUACUGAAACGUAGGGAAUCCACCUACUCCGAUACAGUAAGCUGGCUGCCCAAAGAGGAUUCUCUAAGUAAUAAAUAUAGAAUCCACCAGAUGACUACCCAACUCACCUAAUUAAUGGAAUUUUUGACAUAUUUCGACUAGUUCAUCUUAACCCAACUGCUCAAACUCGGCGACCUCGGUGGCAUUCGAACUUACGACAACAACGGGAGUACUUGAAUACAAUCAAUGUUCUAGCCACUUAAGCUACGAGACCGAGUUCUUCACAGAUGUGUCAAAACAAAUUAUUCAAAUCUGCCAAAACACCUAUUAACUAAAUAAGCCUAGUAGUCAUUUGGUGGAUUCUAGAUUGGUUGCUUAGGAAAUCCUGCUUAUGCAGUCAGCUUACUGUACCGGAUUUAGUAGAUUUCAUGCGUUGCAAUAGGCUGGAUAGGCAACUUGACCCAAAUGGGAUUAAACUCGCGCCUCCCGGUAGGGUCUUGUAGCCCAGGUGGUUGGAGCGUUGGUCGUACUCAAGCCUUUCCCUUACUGUCGUGGGUUCAAAUUCCACCGAGGUGGCUGUGGUUAUCACAAGCAGGUUAAAAUGAACUCUAUGACUUACUUUUUGGCCUUUCUCUUUUGUUCGUUUAGCACAUAUGAUGUCUUUGGGACAUUCACAUAUGCAUAGAGUGGAUGACAUAACCCUCGCAUUGUGCAGAAAUUUACGAUAAAAUGCUAAUCACAUGGUCAUUGGAUUAUUCAAGAGUCCCAUCAUGAUAAAAGCCUGAUACAGUAAGCUGGCUGCCGAUGUAGGAUUUCUUAGGUACCCAAUCAUGAAUUCACAGAAUGACUACGGGACUCACCUAAUUAAUAGAUUGUUUGACAAAUUUUAAUAACUUAUUUGGGCUCAGUUGUGGAAAACUCGGCGGUCUCGGUGGAAUUAAUAUAUACCAACUACCUGCUUUUUGAAGGGCUUCCACAGUUGACGUUUAUUGCCACUGCUGCGUAAAUCGAUUAACCGCCAACACCUUCACUUCGGGCUACUUUAUUUGCUCCUGUCUACGAUCACCAAAGGUCGAAAAUCCCUCCACUUCUCCUCCUGAAACGAGUAGAUCCAUCUUAGAUCUCUGUCUUGGCUCUAGAUCGGACCCCAAUGGCAAAAAGGGAUAAGGGAUUCCCGUAAGCAAUCGGUGCUCGCCCAUCUGCAUAGCGGCUGGUACUAUAGGCAAAGUAACAUUAUCAACGAAGACAAGGGAGAAGGGGAUGGCCAUUUCUGGAGUAUUAGUUGCCAUCAACAAGGCCUGUCCAACCCCAGGCUUUGCAUCCCCUAAGGCUCGAUCCCGCAAUCUGAAUUCCAAAGCUUCGAGGAUAAUAGAACAGUUGGUUUCGCCGAUGUGACGCGCAUCACAGAAUGAUUGAGUUUUCAGAUUCGUUUUGAGUUUUGUAGGAUACUUGCUUACCCAUAUAGUUUAGGCUACUUGAUAUAGCUCCACCCACUUCUUUUAUGUACGGAAUGGGGCCGUACACUUUUAACCGUAUUUCCUUGCCUGCUUGUGAGUUAUUUUCACCCCGCUGGUCGCGUAAUCUUGUAGAGAAUUCAUCAUACCUGAUUCCUAACACUUAAAUGUUGUUUGUCCCAUUUCGUCGUCCUCAGAAGAACACAGAAAUUUAGAUUAUCUGAUUAUCGAAAAGGCCGCCGCUUUUAUCGUUUUUUGGGUGGGGGAGGGGGUCGGGUUUAAAUGCAUAUUUCUUCAAAUAUUUGCUGGUUUGCAAUAGGCAGUAGAGCACUUCCUGCUUUAUUUCGACCGCUACUCACUCGCGAUGGAACAGACCUCCAUAUCUGCCUCGAGUAGGUCCUUCAAACUGCGUGUAAUAUCUUUGUAGAUCCAUAUUAAAUAGGAUGCCCGACUAGAAGUGAAGAGACGAGUCCCAGGAAGCAGUUGUGAAGAAGCAGAUACGAUCGCUCGGACAAGAGCUUUAUUCGCCUUGCGUUUCGGAUUCCUGCUCGAACCCGUCAUCAGAGACAAUAGCAGAUACGGGUGGUUCACGCACAAGGGACUGCAGUCGUCAUAGGUAUGCGAUAGCAUGGCGACUUAAACUUGCGUGAUUAGAGUCCAGUCUGGCUGAAUUGACGUCCGUUCUCCUACGCAGGACGGCGUUUGAAUGUGAUUUCGAAAACCUCCCUGCAGAACUGGCCGCUUCACUGUUGCCCCUGACGGACUCACUUUACGUUGCUAACGUACGGAGUUUCCAACCUGACGUUUGCAGCUGUACAGAGGACAAGCCCCUGCUUAUAGUCGACUAUAGCCCAGUGCCCAAUCACAUUAGCGCACCGACGCCAGCACUGCCGUUGUGCGUCGAUGCGCAUUCCGUGCUCAACCGCAUUUCCCAUCGAUCAACCACAUGAUUGGCGCUGACCAAAUCACGUUCUUCUCAGGCCUGAUAACUGUCAUCUUGCUCGCUCAAGCCAGUGCUGCCUUGAUGAAAGGGAUGGUAAGGGGAUCGACUCUGUCGUCGGCCUGCUUGUGAGGAAGGCGGCUUUUAUGUCAGACUCUCGCAGGCGCUAUCCAAGCGCUGUCAUUAGGGCUCUCUCACCGCCUGAAUUAUUAGUGGCAUUAAACGGCCCGUUGAUUCUCGCCUUAGAAAUCGGCUCGUAUUGGAUUCGCAGUCAAUUCAUGUGGUGCACCCAAUCUGACCCCCGCCUGCCAUCGCCGGAGCUGUUGGGUUUAACAGGCACAUCCUGAUGAGGACUUCUACUGGCGAGUCAGACUGGAUAAUCAGUUGGGGAGACCAGCCUUCAGAGCUUUCCAUCAUCAGCCAAAUUCUGAGACAAAAAUGACAUUGUAUUUGCAGGCCUGAUCGGUAAUUUAACCGUCAGCGCAGUUCGCCAACUGUCAGGACAGCGAGGGCUGACUUCUUCUGGCAGCAGGGAAGGACUGAAUGACAUUCUUUGAAAGCAUUUAGCCACGCCGAAGGAGCUGAGUGGAGGUGACUGAACACUCCGGGGCAUCCUAUGCGUGGAAGAUGUCUUAGAGGCUUCCGCGAUGUCUUACUCUGCUCAGAAAUAGAGUUCUCAAACCUGAAGAAGGACAUACUAUCACUGGGACAAGAUCUUUAUUCCCCUGAGGUUUCGGAUUUCUGCUCGAACCCAUCAUCAAAGACAAUAGCAAAUACGGAGCUAGGGGCUGGACCAUUUGCAGGAUGCAGUAGCACCGCAUACCUACGAAAAUUUACGUCUCCCCUCCCCCUUCAUCAGGGAUUGUUGCACUUGGUGUGACAACUGUUUGAUAAUCGACAUUUGAGUCGUUAAUCGAUGCAAUUUCAUCACGCGCGUUGGAUGUUGGUGAUGAUGGCUCGACCAUCUGACCCACCGACCCUGGCGUUGGGAUCAGUGUUCACCUGUUCGCCUCCCCCCCCCCCACCGUGACUAAUUACUCCGUCUGAGCGAAGUUUCAGCACCAACUAUGGAAGGGGAAGAUUAUCGCACUUGUUACAAGACUGCAGCCAAUGAACCAUGACUCAAGGUGAUUGCGUCUUACGCAGUUGUCACCUUUACCGAGAAUUUCGGCCUCGUCAAACUUGAAUGUGUAGCCAGAUCUCGUUGAACGAGCCGUAACAUGAUUAAAUCAACAGUUUAUCUUUGGGUGACGAAGCUAAAUGUUUUUUCUUUAGGCGGGCAAGAUCACCCUUAGUCUAGUGACUACAAUUCAUGUGUGGUAAUUGCAUGUGCACGGGGAGGGGGCAACAGCUAGAGAGCAUAUGGCAGUUAGAUCAUCGCGAGCGGAGUAGACGCAGCACCAGUGACAUGCACGUGAAUUAGUUGUGUUCAUCAUCCCCCGAAGAAGACGAAGAAGAAGGGACGAGUUCGUGAACCGAAAUAUAUUUAGAGUGACGUUUCGGAAACUCUCGUUUCCAUCAUCAGAGUAGUGUGCUGUUUGUUCCUGCUGGCCUUGAUUGCUUUAGCCUUGAUGCCUGCCUGGUAUUAUAUCCGUGCUCGAUGCGCGAACUAGGACGUACCCGUUCGCUGCUAAUUACUGUUGACCUCUCCGAGAUUGACCGCCGGUGGGGUCGUGUCACCUUUGACCCCUUUGCGGCCGUCGUAAUUGUCGGCGAGCCAGCAUGCUUGUCGGCCUCCCCUUCGUCACCCAACGGACUGAUCAGUUGUUGGGGCUCAUGUGAGUUUAUCUUACUCUCGUGGGCGCCGCGGUGAGUUAGUGUCCCGGGGUGCGCACAUGACCUCCGGCCGGCUUCUCUCCUAUUUCCCGCCGGCAUCAGCUGUCGGCAACACGUGACUUUGCUCGACUGCCCUGGUAGCUUUGUCCGCACUGACCCGACCCUUGUGCCUAGCGCCUGGUAGGGGGAAUGCAGACCUGUGGCUCUGUUAAGUGUUCCAUUUGAGGACCAACUUUCGAGCAUCAGUCUGCCCACCUUAUCAUUGGCUCGGCCGAUUACCCUUGCGUUCUGAAAGGCGAAAUUGUUGUUUUUCUGUUGUACGUGGCCAUAAACCAUAGACAGUUUGUCCUUGCGGUUGACUGCAAGCUGGUGUUCAUGCAAUCUUGUGCCAAGACGCUUGCCCGUUUCACCAACAUACCUCGCAUCACAGUUUUGGCACGGUAUGCUUUAGAACACCGCUGAUUGUCCCCUUACUGGUAGCGGGUCUUUGGGCCUAAUUAUUUGCUGUCUUAUUGUUGACUCUGGCUUAUGAGCCACACCGAUCCCGAGCGGCCUCCGAGUUUUUCCCGUCACCUUUGAUACAUUCUUCACAUAAGAGAUUGCAAGCCAAAACUUCGAGUUUUGUCCGUUUGGCCGCCUUUUACACAAAGUGCUUAUCUCAACGACCUCUCCCCAUAAAUGCAACUUACAACAGAAGGAGAAGGGCAAGGGUAUGGUUUACGCCCGGGGUCACUUACUCCGGGAGCAGUUUUGUCGAGGAAAAGAGUUGAACAUCCAAAAACUUUGUGGUAUUACAAAUUCUGAUCCCCCAUACUGUCACCAAUCAGAGGGGGACACUAUUUUUACCAUUUAAUGGCAUUUAGGCAAAAGUAAUCGGUAAUAAACGAGCAGGAGUCUGAAACGUCAAAUGAAUGGACCUCUUUAUCCUGCAAUCGGACCUGCUCACCCGCUAAGUUUACUACCACACAUAGGUGUUUGCGCCAUUCCGUGUUUUCGCAGACUGCUUAACGUGGCCAAAGGUCAAAAGGUCACGCGAGACACUGACGACGAUUAUCGCGACCAAAUAUGCCGACGCAGGUAUCAACGUUGCUUCUACACAUGCACCGAUGACUCACACGAAGGACGGGGGUGGUGGGGGGCAGCCCUCUGCUGUAUUUGGCCCUCUAAACGACGCAUGCUACUCACUGCCUCCACAAGGCUAAUUCUGCCCAGGAAUCACCUGGUGUUGGAUUUGGUGUACGACUGGAAAUGCAGAGUUUAAAAUUCUUGCCUUAAGCAACCCCCCCCCCUCCCCCAUUGAACGCUGCUUAUUCGCCUGGGUCGUCUUGUGCAAGUUAUAGUAGUCGACAGUAGUCUAGGUGGACGUAGGGCAGAUGGAACAGGCCAGAGAAGAGGAAGCGGUGAAGAAGACGGUUGUGAGCAGCGUGCAAGAUCCCGUUUUUCGCAGUUGCUCUGCCUAACACCCCCUCCGCCCUACCUCACAAUAGAACCAGGGAUGUCGUGGGGGCUAGUUAGCCGGCAUGGCUCGCCUGCAGCUGUUGAUCUAUUCCGCAUUCUGGUUUGGUUUUGAAUGUGGGGUAGUUUCCUUUUUUAUCCUUUUGAGAUUUGUCCAGCUCCAAGCUUUUAUCGCGUUUCUCUCGCAGAUUCCACGACGCUCAUAAAUUACUUUAGGAGGGGGUAGUUGGCUUACACUAAGUUCCGUCAUAUCCCCAGUCGUUGCGUGGAGCAGAAGACAGACAGGACUGCGGCGAUCACUGUGUGUACACCAACUUUCAAUCCUUCUGUCCAUAAUGUUGUAUUUAGAGGUCUUGUCACUGCGUGUUCCUAUUGGCUAAGCUCUGAUCGCCCGCAUGAGCUGACUUUCGCGCGUUGCUGACCCCCCAAAGGUCGCGCUAAUUGCUGAAUCAUGCGCGGGUUUCGUGGACGGGACUGACUUGCGGUUUGGCGGUUCCCUGCCCCGCGUAACAGUCGGACAACACUCGCGCGUCUCGUUCAGGGCAACCCUCACCAUUUCCAUAGUAUGAUUUUAUUCAGAAAGGCUGCCUUAUCGACUCCGAAUGUUGGUUUUGUUUAAUGGCAUUCUUCUUUUUUUUUCCUAAGUAACACCUACAUCAUAUAUUUUAGGUGCAACGCUUGCCAUCGAUCUGUUUGUCGAAAAUACAGAAACAGAUUCGUCCGCCGCCCCCAAACCAGCCUCUUCACAAAACUCGGCCCAGAAGAAGACCGUAGCCGACGUCUUCAAUGAUAUUAAGUUGACACGGUCACCUGCAGUUAUAGAACAGGUGAACGCAACCUUUGCCUUCAAACUGUCAGGUGGGUAGCCCUUAACUCGAAUUGUUCUGAAUAACUUUUGGUGCAGAAAACUGCAACCCUGCCGAGACCGUUCGUAACACUUUUUAGCACCUUCCACCCCCCCCCCCACUGCCAUCUGUCUCUCUCCUUUUUUCCUGUUUCAUCCUCUUCGUCCCUCAAACUCCACCUUCUUCCUUCUGCUGCCGCUGCUCCCCCUCCCUCUUACGUCACAGCGAAUCAGUCAACCAAAAAGCUGCCUUCGAGUCGUAUGUGAAUUUCGUUCAGUGAUCUGUCCUGAUUUCAGGAGGGAAGUGGGCAUUUGCACCUUGCCCAGGGCUCUGGGUUCGGAACACCUGUGUGUGUGUGCGGUCGCACAGAGGUCUGUAGUCUCAGAGACGCGGAGACCGAGGUUCGACUGACGACAAUCGGUGAGCCAGAAAUGGCCGCCUUAGUCGCCUCUAUCUCGGUCGUCAGCACUUUUCAACAUUCUUUUGAUUAUUAGCUGCUCCUCGCACCCCGAUUCAGUGGGGCGAGUUAAACGGAGCGAAAACCAACCAAGCUCUGGUGACUUCUAGGAAGGACCUACUCAUAUCCUCAGCGUCUCAAUGUGCUCAAGGCCGAAGUACACGGUCCCGGACAGUCCCAAAAGUCGUUCAUUGAGUAUCCUGACGUUUUGGGAGUACACAGGUUGAGAAGUGGACUGUUUAGACAAAGGAAGAGCCUUCUUUGCCUGACAUCACCAGAAGCACGCAGGGAGUUUAGAUUGCCAGGGUAUUUAUAUCGAUAUCGUUCUUUCUGUAGUCUCAGAGAUGUGGAGACCGAGGUUCGACUGACGACAAUCGGUGAGCCAGAAAUGGCCACUUUAGUCGCCUCUAUCUCCGUCGUCAGCAUUUCUCAACAUGCUUUUGAUUAUUAGCUGCUCCUCACACCUCAGUUCAGUGGGGUGAGUUAAACGGAGUGAAACGCAACCAAGCUCUGGUGACUUGAGCCGACCACGCCUGCCUUCCAGGAAGAAUUUACUUAUAUCCUCAGAGUCUCAAUGUGCUCAAGGCCGAAGUACACUUUCCCGGGCAGUCCCAAGAGUCGUUCACUGAGUAUCCUGACGUUUUUGAAGUACACAGGUUGAGAAGUAGACCGUUUAGACAAAGGGAGAGCCUUCUUGGCCUGAUAUCACCAGAAAAACGCGGGGGGGUUAGAUUGCUAUUGUUAGGAUGCUACCGCUGCCGUAGACAGACCGCGAGUAAUUCACCGAUUACCGCGCAUUCGUCGCUGAUGUCCGUUAUUAGCACGAUAACUGUUUCCCCGACCUCCCUCUCAAUCACCUUUGUUGGUAGGCUGCCUGUACCGCCUAUCCCGCGCCUGGGCAUUUUUGUAGCCUAACAGGCAAAGGAAAGUCGUUGCGCCUACCAUGAUGGGUCGGAGCGUCAUGAAUCACAUCAGGGCCAGCGACCCAGUACACUUCCUCAACUACUACUCAGAACUCCCUCUCUUCGCAUGCCUUUGCCAGCGUCCAAGCUGUCGUAAUCGAUAACAGUAUUCAAAUCACAGGUUAGACGGAAAUAUAACCAUCCCACCUUCUGAAAUUAAUCCCCAGACCGAACUGUAUCCCGUGAAUGCGGCAACCUUGCGCAGCACACCGACCUCUCCGUUGAAUGCUGUUCAUAAUGUCUUGAAGAAGGAGACACGAUCGUUGGGACGGGAGCUUUAUUAGCCUGACGUUUCGGAUUCCUGCCUGCUGUUCAUAAUACCUUUGAGAACGGUAUUAACAGAACCAACCUCUCAAUAGUGUCGUCCCAAAUUAAAGCGUAAAUUUCCCUAACAGCUCAUUUCCUAUUUGACCCCGAAUCCCUUAGCCAUUUAGCAGAAUGUCUACCAUACCACUAUAUUUAAAUCCCUAUGGUGUUGCGUGGAAAGUUACCAUGUUCUCUCUUUCUGUGGCCUUAUUUCGUACGCUGUUAUCGGGCAAAUAAUUACGGUAAGCAUAUUUUCAAUUGAAAUGUCAAGUUGGCAAACGCGUGUUUUAGGUAAUUCUUCGUCAGGCCUUACAGUUACAUGAAGGAAUGAAAAUGUACAAAAUCAACAGUGUUUAUAGAGGUCUCAAGAGCUAUUAAGUCAUUAACACUCAUCAUCCCCACGCCGCCCGCAUGAGAAGGCCGGCGGGUGUUAGUCGCCAGAGCUAGGGGAGGGGGUAAGAGAGUCUUUGAGUGAUGUUCUUGGGUUGAGUACACGGAGUACCCAUCAUCGUGAUUAGGGAUUUGAGGCGGCAUGGCUUCAUCACUUGGGGUUGGCUUUGGCCACGUGAGAGAGCGCUUGUGUCAAGGUCUUCUGACAGCAUAACACCGGAUUUGGUAGCUGUAUAGCCACUGCCCCGGCCGUUGCUAGUAUCCGUUGGCGUAGGCCUUUAGAGAAGCAUGUUGGUGUCCGGUAGACAAUCUGAAAUGCUUCCUUGGCAUCGACUCGGUGAUCCUCUGUCUAACCAGGCGGGCAUGUGUUCACGCACCCUCUUUACCAGGCGUCUCGUUGUGUAAUCGAUGUAUCCCGCUCCAUCGGAACAAGUGAAUGAGUAGAUGCACACUGAUGUGGCCUCCAACGGUGGCCUGUCUUUACCACCCAAACGUAGGAGGGGAGAGUUUGUGUAGCAUACGCGUAAAUUCGCCGCGGGAAAUUUUAUUGUGUCAUCAUUGGUGUAGAUAGCCAGGCUUCGGUUGAACCACCGUUGUCCAAGGAAAUUAAUAUAGCAAACAUGCUGUCUAAAGUGUCCUUUCCGAGCUCGAUGACCAAAUGCAGACGUCCACCCAGCGUGGGUAAGUAGCGUCCAUGCAAGCGUGAAUUUCAUGGUGAGUGGUUAUAUUUCACUCCUGCCAAAUCCCAUCACCCCGCAUGUGGUCGAAAUUCGCCGUCCAUACCAAUCUCCGGUUGUUUAAAAAAUUGUCUUUUCACUGGAAGAACGCUGUGGGUGUAUGAGUGAACAGUGAGUGAGGUAGGAUACCGCCACGCUCUUCUUCGCCAUAGGCAAAUUUGCCCACCCAGAAGAUAGUGGUGGGCCUUGUCACCUGCGGCAGUCGAACUUGUCAGUCUGUAUAUAGCAGCGUAAGCAAAAUCGACGCCAGUACAAACUUAGAGGAUAAUUGCUCUAUGGACGUCGGCAGCGCCCUCGCCCCAGGCCAUCGGUCAUGGCCGAUGCGCAACCUCGGACGAAGAACGCCAGUUGCCGCUGGUACGCCUAGCCUGCCGCAAUCACGGUUAGAUGACCUUUGACCACUAGUCGGCUUUCGCCCAUCAGCUCUGGCGUUUGCUUUUGAGAGUCGUCCAACCAUCCCACACCCACGUUGCUGGCGCUCGUAAGCAGUAAAUCGAUGGUUUCUGGGGUUCCCUCACUUAUGGGGUUGAUUUUCAUUUUCCGGUUGCCAGACCACAUCAAUAACCGUCGAUCUCAUGUGGUUCUCAGAUGACAAGGCGUGCUCUUGUAGCCAAUGUGGUGGAGCAUUGGACUUAAGAAUGCCCUAUAAUCCACUGAACCGGAUUCAAAUCGCAGUUGACCGCCUAGAAUAGAGAGUUUGAAUGGCUGUCGGCGUCAAGUAAGACCAUUCCAGUCUCCAGUUCUUUUCGACCGGUGAUUUCAUCGCAAAGCGACCAUCUGCCGUAGACUGUAGACUACCAAGGCAGGAUGCAACCGCCUUUAUUUUGCCUUGUAAUCUGAACGUUUCCGUCAAAGCCACUCCCGUGGAAUCCAAUUCAUUGCCCGAAUCGGCCCACUACUACCAGUUGAAUUUAUGCUAUCGGCAGCGCACACGCGGAAACGGUGGGUUUGCGGAUUCCGCAUCGUUGGGCUGAUAGAAGCAAACAGGCGUGUUCAAGGAAGCAGUCCAGAGGAAUAAGAUGCAAUCGCUGGAACGGGAGGUUUAUUGGCCUGACGGUUCGGAUUCUCACUCAGACCCAUGCUCACGAACGGUCGCAGAAAAGAGUACAAGAGCUCCAAGGUGCACGGUAUUUCUAGGACGCGGUUGCCAGGCAACCACACGCCUAUUAUAUUUGGAAGCACCUGUGUUUUUCUCUGGGGCUCGUAGUUGAUGCGAUGACUGUUUUUCGGUCCGUAACCGAGUUGUUUUUUGCCGUGAUUUCAUAACUCUUAUCAAUUCUUGGAGUGACGAUUACUCAGUAAUUUGGUUCACCAUCACUCGCAUCCUCCCCGCCAUUAUGCUUGUUAAUUUGAUAUGGGCCGUAGAACCAUGACUGCUAUUUUCGACCUAUCAGUGCAUUUUAGUGUCUUUAAAGGGCCCACAUUUUGCUUGAUUUGAAAGGCGAACCUCGCGAUGUUUACAUAGACUAUAUGUGUAUCCCGCUCGUUUUUAUGCAUGUUUUCUGCCUGCUGAGGCAAAUUAAGUAACCACAUCAAUCUCUCAUUAUACUACUUUUUUCCACCUUGUAACGGCUUUCUAAUCUUUUAUGCUUUAACAGUCCAACAGAUUUUUGUCUCCCGACAGUUCAUCUUCUACCUCUUUAGGAAGUGAACCAGGUGUCUGGCUUAUCAAUCUGAAGUCACUGAGUGGCGAAGUAAAGAAACUAGAAUCGUCAGUAGACGAAACCGCCGUGGACUGCUCCUUUGAGUUGCCUAGCGAGGACUUUAUCGCCCUCUUCAACGGCACUGCAUAUACAUCGGAUCUCUUUGCCGCGGGAAAAUUAAUCAUCGAGGGAGACCUGACCGCUGCGCUCAGACUUGACAAGCAACUCACACAAUUACGAAAGGCCUAG